AUGUUAAUCACCGAAUACCUCCUGCAUAGAUCCAGCAAUACUCAAAGGAAAGUCAUAUUUGGAAGAGAAAUUCCAAACUUCAUAUACAGCGUUUACUGCAUAAUAGGCAUAUUUGCAUUUGGAGCAGCUUGUUCGCAGCUCACAACUGAUAUCAUGAAAUACACGAUUGGCAGGCUGAGGCCACAUUUUUUCACGGUUUGUCAGCCGGACGUUUGUAAUGGUUCGUUUGCCUUGUACAAAUAUUACGAAAAUUUCACUUGUACGAACGAAUUGUACAAAAAUAAUAAAAGGAUAAUGAAGGAAAUGAGGUUAUCCUUUCCUUCUGGGCAUUCUUCAUUCUCCAUGUACUGCAUGACGUACUUGGCGGUAGUCACUACUUUUUUGGCACCUAAAGCGAAGACAAUGACUAGAUUCGUUGCGAUGAAACAGCUUGCAGCGCCUUUCCUUGCAAGAGAGUCGGCAGCUUCGUUAAUUUCCAGGCCAGUGUGGUCAGGAUUUCUGACCAGAUACAAUUUAUCAAAUCUUUACAUACAGAAGGACCUUUCUGAAGAGUUCACUUUCAACUUGGACGUUACUUGGUGA